GGCUACUGGUUUUUGAACAUCAUGUGUGAUGCAGCACCAUGACUAAGCAUGCAGCACAACCGGUGAAGAAGCACUUCGAGGCUAUGAAAGCAUAUGGGGCAGCUGAUAAAGGAAACAAGGUGUGGAGAUGCAAAUGCUCCGACCAGAAUAGAACCGGGACUGCCUCCCGCUUGAGGGAUCAUUUCCUGAAAGGUGCCUGCAAUGUCACACGAUUGAGAGGGACAAUCAGCAAGGAAGAAUUGCUACGGAGGGAGCAAGGACGAGAUGCCGCCAUUGCAGAGCUUGGAGGUGCAGUUACCGGAGCUGGUACCGAGCUUGAUCUAUCUUCGAGCGAGGAUGAAAUCGGCACCGAGGAUGCAGUCACCACUGUUGCUCUCACCAAGUCCUCGAUAACACACGGCAGGCAAACAAAAAUCGUUGACAGCGCAGCUAUCAUCACUGCGAACGAGCAAACCCAGCGUACAAUCGACGAUUGGAUGACAGCUGAGUGUGUGCCCUUCAACAUGAUGCGGAGCAUGUAUUGGGAUCGCAUGGUGAAGGCACUGAUGAACGCGCCGAAGUCCUUCCAGUACGCCAAAUUCGACGACGCGCGAACGAAAAGGGUGGCUGUCACGCGGAAGCGGGUGUCCAAGAGGAUGGAGCAGCUGCGCAAGGAAUGGCCCGUCAGCGGUUGCAUGUUGCAACUCGACGGGUGGACUAAUCGGCGAGGAAGACCAUUCAUAAAUGUGAUGGUCUCCUUCCCCAAAGGCGUUGUCUUUUGGCGGGCUGUUUGUAUGCAGCACCGAGAGAAGGGGGCGAAGGCGUACUUCGACAUUUUGUCCACGGCUAUCCGCGAGAUCGGGGAGGAGGCAGUGGGGGGGGUGGUGAUGGACAAUGCAGCGACCUGUGCAGCUGCAGGGCGGAUGGUUGAGGCGGAGUUCAAGCACAUCUUCUCAGUGUCGUGCACAGCGCACAGCAUUGACCUGAUGCUCGAGCAGUUUGGAAAGAUCGGGUGGGUGGACGUCAUUCUGAAGAAGUCGGCGGAGGUAGUGAAGUUUUUUAUGAACCAGUCGAGGGUGCGGGACUUGCUCCUCGUCAAUUCCCAGGGAGCAAUUCUCGCAAGGCCAGGAGCGACUCGGUUCGCCACGAAUUUCAUCAUGCUGGACAUCGUGCAAGACUUGUACCUGCCGUUGCGAGCGUGUUUGACGGACAAGGACUGGAAGGAUAGCAUCGUGCUUCCCGGGCAACGACAUUUGUUUGCUGCUGCAACGGAGACCAUUCUCGACAAUGAUUUAUGGGCAGGAGUCGAGAAGUUGCAGAAGACGUCCGAGGAACUACUUCAACUCUUGAGGUUGACCGACGGAGCUGGACCGACGAUGAGGAAGAUCUACGGCGGCAUGGACGCGGCUGUGGAGAGCUUACGCAGCGAGGAGUGCUUCACAAAAAUGGAGAAGGAAGAGCUCGAGGAGAUCAUAAUGCGGAGGUGGAACACUAUGACUUCUCCGCUGCAUUGCGCAACAAUGUUCCUUGAUCCCGAGUUCAGGGACUCGAGCUUGGAAAAGGACCCUGAGGUGAUGGAUGGUUUUUGGACGUGGGUGUACUCUUGGGCGAAACCAACGGAGUACAAGGAGUUGGACGAGGAGGUGAAUUGCUAGAUUGAAGGGACAGGCAAGUUCAGAAGCGAGAGGGCACUUGCAGAGGUGGAC